AUGGAUGACUGGGCGUCCGUCUUUGCUUUUCUCUUGGUGCUUGGAUGUGGCUUGACUGUUGCACUAAAUACCAGAAAUGGCCUCGGUCACCACGUUUACUUCCUUACUUCGGAACAAAUCCAAGCCUACAUGAAGACAUUCUACGUCACCGUUGUAUUCUAUAAUGCAGCAUUGGCCGGUAUCAAGAUGACUUUUCUCUUCCAAUACUACCGAGCUCUGGCUGUACAAAAGAUGAAGAAGGUCUUCAUUGCGGCGAUAGUAAUAGUCGGUGCAUGGAGCAUUUCCCAGAUCCUUGUUGAGAUCUUCAUCUGUACCCCUAUCCCAGCUUUCUGGGACAAGAGCAUUGAUGGCACAUGCAUUCCAAACUACCCCCAGUGGUACAUCAACGCAGCAGGCAACAUCAUCACCGACAUCAUUGUCUUUGUGUUGCCACUGCCAGUAAUUCACCGAUUGAACCUAGCCCGGGGUCAGAAAUACGUCCUGCUUGGCAUCUUCUGCCUGGGUUUUUUCACAUGCACCAUAUCCUUCAUCAGAAUUCGAUUCCUCAAACUCGAAGAAGAUUUCACUUGGCAAAAUGUCGAAAGUGCCGGCUGGUCCAUCGGCGAACUCUGCUGUGGCCUCGUCUGCGCUUGCCUCCCAACGUUCCGACCUCUAGUCUCUCGAUUCAUCCCAGCCCUCUCAAGUCGGAUUGCGAAGUCCUCGAAAUACCACAAGAACGGAGACUACUCUGAAAACACCCAAAGUACCUCACGCCACCGCGAUGCCGAGCUUGGUGGUACACUCGGUAAGCCGAACCACUACUCCGCCCGCUACUCGAAACGACGAACAGGGUCUGCAGAUAGCAAGGCGGAUCUCUAUGGCAUUGCCAGCUACGAUUUGAGCCAUUCUGGUGCGAGCCGCGAGGCAGGGCUGCCUAUCCAAGCCCCGAGAGACAGCCCGGAUUUCACCAGUCAGACGGAUAAGAUGCCGUCUCCGUUACGGCAGCAGGAGUCUAUCGAGCUGGGUGAUUACAGACCAAAUCACCACGCCAUUGUCGAAACGCGAAUCGAGGCGGGGAGGAGAGAAUCUGACGACGAGAUCGAGCUGCAACCAGGAGCGCCGAUCGAGGUCAAGUGCGAUAUUGUGCAGGUUUCGUCGCAAAAGGUGGAAGCAAGGGGGUUUUCGUGA